AUGUCGACGCAUCAGGCCUACAGCGGCCCGUCGGAGCCGCAACCCGCGCCAUCGCAGCAGCUGAAUCGCUCCUGUGAAUCGUGUCGAGCAUUGAAAGUGCGAUGCUUGCCGGAUAUCGACUCGCCUAAUCAGUGCCAAAGAUGCGUCAAGGCGAAGCGGGCAUGCAUAUUUGUAGCGCCGCAGAGGCGUCGACCGCGAAAGCGCACCGACUCGCGUGUCGCCCAGUUGGAGAAGGAAAUGGCUGCCAUGCGCUCCAUGCUCAAGGACCAGCGCAAACCCAAGGAAGAUACCAUCAACGAAGAACCCAGCCCUGACCCAGAGGAUGCCGAGGAUAUCGACUUUGGCACGAUCCCUGCAGAAAAACUCGCCCCUCCCAACUAUCAGGAAAUCCAGUUCGAUCAUCAUGCCCAAUUACGACAUUCUCAUUCCCAAUCCCAAUCGCCUGGUGCUCGUUCAGCUUACGACCUGUCUCGGGAUGGAAACUCAUCGCAGAGUACACCUUCGCUCACACAGAAUGCCAGCUCUCCGGAUUUCGGGGAUGGUGGCGAUAUUGUAGACCGUGGGUUUAUAUCUAUUUCGACGGCAGAAGAGCUGGUCUCGCUAUUUAUGAACGAUCUGCUGGACUAUUUCCCCUUCAUCGUACUGCCUGCCGACACCACCACAUCCCAGCUACGACAUUCAAAACCUAUCCUUUUCUUAGCUAUAGUGGCGGCAUCAUCUAUCGCCGUUGAUGCUAGUCUGUCCAGCACUCUAAACCACGAGAUGAUUAACCUCUACGCGCAGCGAUUCUUCUUCAAAGGCGAAAAGUCCUUGGAGAUGGUUCAGGCCCUGGUUCUAAUGCAUCUCUACUACCUUCCACCGGAAUCGCCUACACAAAUUCAAGCAUAUCAAUACCCGCAUAUAGCUGCUACAAUGGCGUUAGAAAUUGGUAUUGCGUCUAAAAAGCGCAUGCCACGAAGGACUGCUGGGCUAAGAAGGCAAGCUAAACCUGUGGAAAAAUUCGACGAGCAGAUGGCCGAACAAGCCCGCACUAUCCUAAUUUGUUACCAUCUUGCUUCAACGGUGGCUAUGAGGACUCGGCGGCCGAAUAUGUUGCAAUAUAAUGACUGGAUUAAAGAAUGUGUACGGAUGCUCAGCCGAUCCCCAAUUGACUCGGACAAACGGCUUGCUAUGUGGUUUGAGCUCCAAACCAUAACCGACGAAGCCUUAUCAUCCUUUGGACUUGAUGACACUUCCUCUACUGCCCCCUUGACCGAGACUCGGGUGAACGCUGUGCUUCGAUUGUUUGACAAAAAGAUGGACGACUGGAAGGAGAACCUUGACCCGGAAGAUCUUACAGUCCCAAUGGUGCUUGAAUACCAGCAUAACAUCCUAACCAUUUACGAACUCGGCAUCGGCGAGGGGUAUCGGGAGCCAGACGCCAUCAAACAACAAUACUACACGCUCCCCGCCCCCGACAGCGACAACACCAGCCACCGAUCCACAGAGCCACUCAGCGCCAUCCGCAUAGACCUAAACAUCAAAUGGCUAAAUGCCGCCCAGGGGAUGCUCGAUUCCUUCUUGAACUGCGAUGUGCAUACCAUGCGCAAAAUGCCGAAUCUCACCUACUCCCGCGUCGUACUUGGUGUCAUGGUGUUACUGAAAAUUUACUUUAGCAUAAAAUCCAGCUCGUUGGGAUAUGUCAUAACCCCAAACACCGUCAAUGUCGAGAGUUAUCUCGAAUCAAUGACUCAGCGACUCACCGAGGCCAGCGCCGGCUCAAAAUACCCGAUUCCGUCGAGAUGGCUGCGAGUCGUUGGAGGCAAGGCAAGAGACUGGCUGAGACGGUUUCAAGCACACCAUAAAGAGAACCAAGAAGCACAGUCCCAACUAGGAGGUACUGGCACUACCGACGACAGCGCACCUCUCGCCGUCGGCCCAUCAUCAUCGACAAUGACAGCCGCAUGGCAUGGCGGAAUCGUGCCCAUGCCCACGAAAAUCGUCCCAUCUGGCAUGCACCCCUCGUAUCCGACGGAUGAAUACACCAACCAAUCCAACCUAGCCGCCUACCACACAACAACCACCGGCCCUCCUACACAUCCCACUUCCACACCCACCCACUGGCUCCCAUCCGAUCCAACCAUGCACCACCACCACCUUCACCAGCCCCUCAACACCACGCCUACAGCUACCGCAUACGCGCAGCUAUCCUCACAGCCCCAGCCCCAGCCCCAGUCCCAGUCCCAGUCCCAACCCGUCUGGUCUUUCCACACCGACAUGCCGAGCGUCCACGCCCAUCACCCGUCCUAUCCCCUUGAUUACAGCGACGGGAAUAUGCAGUACCAUCUAGACAAUAAUCUGCCCAUAGAAAUGGAAUUCGACUGGGUUCCUGACAAAGGCAUGUUUCAGUUACCGACGUUUUAA